AUUCAGUUGGCAAAGACGGUGGUAGAACCCUUAAUUAAACCCCUGGUCUGUCAACGGCUUACCGGAGUAAAAGAAAAGAAGAAGCUCACUACCUUCAUGGAGACUGACGAAGAUGCUUUUAGGGUCUCACUCUCACCAACGCCGCCCCUGCCGACGGCAGUGAGGUUCGAGUGUCCUUUUCUGACUGCCAUUUCCAAUUUUCUCCGUUCCUUGCGGUGCAAUUUGGCAAUUCAAUUCAAAUCAUUUUCAUAUUUUUCCCUUGAAUUUUGAGAAAUGAUGGCGACAAACAAUUUCGGCCACAUUUCAAUUUAUGUUUUUUUUUUUUUUUGCGGGAAUAUGGUUGUUUUUGUUGUAGCUGAUUUGAUUUGGUUCAUUGCUUGUGGUGUUUGCAAAUUGCAGUCUAUGCAAGCUGAGUAUCUUUUAAUCAGCUUUUUUUGUUGUUUGUAGUGAUAGAUUAUUAGUUUGAACAUUUCUAAAUAAUUUUGCAUACAAUUCUGAUAUCUUCAUGUGAUGAUUGGCGUCCUGCCUUUCUGGAAUUGGAAGAAGAGUGAAGUAGUAUCUGGUGCUUUUUCCCUAGUCAAUUUGUUAUAAACUAGAAUCUUUGACCCAAUUUGCUCAAAACAUGUAUGGCUGUCUUGAUAUGAGAAAAAUGAUUCUGAACUUGUACUUUUUUAAUUAUUGGAGAUCAUUUCCAGGCAUAGAUGCGCGGCAUGUUUUAAGCAGUAUAAAAAGAAGGAUCACCUCAUAGAACAUAUGAAAACCUCCUACCACUCAGUUCAUCAGCCUAAAUGUGGGGUAUGCCAGAAGUACUGCAGAUCCUUUCAAUCACUACGAGAACACAUCCAUGGUCCAUUGUCAAAAUCGUAUUGUUCAAGUAUAUUUGCUGAAAAAGGUUGCAUCCUCUGUUUAAAAGUCUUUGACAGUGUUGAUUCUCUCGCUCAUCACAACGAUUCUUGUCAAUUACUCGCCCCCUUUCCACUUGAUAUGAUUAAGACAACUUGUGUAUUAUCUGAAAUUGCUGGUGAAAGUGAUGGAGGUCACAAAGCUGUUGCUAUUGCUUGUGAAAUGGUUGGUGGUGGAAGCAAUGGGUCACUUGAUCUAUGUGCGAGGGUCUGCCUGGUUGAUGAGGCUGAGAAGCUACUUUUUCAUACUUAUGUGCUACCUCAAAUUCCCGUAACGGAUUAUAGGUUUGAAGUCACUGGUAUUAAAGAGGAACUUCUCAGAGAUGCCAUGCCCCUUGUGGAAGUGCAAGAGAAAAUUUUGCGGAUUCUUUAUAAUGGAGACUCAAUGGAGAGCAUACGUUGGGGAAGUGUGCUGGCUAAAGUUCUUGUGGGUCAUAACCUUGAACAUGACUUAGAUUGCUUGCGAGUAAAUUAUCCAGAUCAUCUUCUGAGGGAUACAGCGAAAUAUCAGCCGUUAAUGAAGACUAAUCUUGUCAGCUACUCUCUUAAAUAUCUUACAAAGACAUAUCUAGGUUAUGAGAUCCAGAAUGGGGCACACGAUCCAUAUGAAGAUUGUGUGUCUGCGAUGAGGUUGUAUAAGCAAAUGCGGUCUCAAGAUCACCAGAUGAACAAAACUGGAUGGUCGUUGCUACCUAUUGAAGACAGUCAGAGCUCGUCAAGAGCCUUCGAUUCAUUCGCAUCCGUGGAACUUGAUCAAAUGACCCCAGAUGAGCUUUUCAGGAUAUCCACAUCAAAUUAUAGGUGCUGGUGUUUGGAUUCUCUAGGCCAGGUUUUGUAAAUGACUGACUGGAAGAAAGGAGUAAAUGAUGUUUAGGUUCCUCAUUAUCAACAUAAUUAACUUGAACACAACCAAUUCCUCUGAUUUGACAACAUUGGUCAUUGUAAAUGAUAUGUAUUAUUGAAGAAAUGGAGAACAUUUGUCAAGAUGUGUCUCAGUCACUUGACCAAUUGGACAUAGUAUUCAUUGGUCUUGGUCUACUUCUUUUACAUCCUGACUUUGUUUAGUUUAGUUGAGAGUACUCCCUCUGUCCCAAAAUUAUUGUACAGUUUGGGUUUUC